UUAAAGAUUAAAAUUUAUUUUUACAUAGAAAUGUAGUUUCCCUUAUAUCAAUAGAUGGCAUGGCAGUAACUCGGUGGCAAAUAUGAAUGUGAACCAUACAUCUGAAGAAGAUGAGGAAGAGGAAGAAGACGAUUUGUUCUAUUUUGAAUCCGAUCAUUUGGCUUUGAAGGGAAAUUCCGAUUAUAGUGAAGUGCUAAAGACGAUUUUUAUACUCGAUUCGCAACGAGCCAAAGCAAUUCAAGAUUACGAUAAAGUCGUAGAAUUGCAGAAGGAAGCUCUCAAAGAUCCAUUUGCUUUCAUACAGAAAUUGAAGGAUGGCAAAGAUUUGGGAAUACCAGAUUUGCAAAUAAUCGCCGAUGUUCCCAACAUACAGUGGUCAAAAUUUAAAGUGAACCUACCAGAGGCGGGAUUACAGUUUGUUAAUGAACAAAGCAGUUCCUCGUCCAACGGUAUAAGUUUAAUUAAGACAGAAAAACGAUUACGUGAUCAAGCUGAUACGUUCAAUAAACCAUGGACAACAGAGGAACAAAGGCGAUUAGAGGAGCUGUUGAUUGUGUAUCCUCCAGAGGCGAUUGAAUUUAGGAGGUUUAAGAAAAUAGCUGCUGCAUUAGGUAAUCGCACAGUAAAACAGGUAUCGAGUAGAAUACAAAAGUACUUUCUGAAACUGUACAAAGCCGGGCUACCGGUACCUGGACGCAUUCCAAAGUAUGCCGAAAGAGUCAAGAAGUCGAAGUUGCACAAUCAUCAGCGGUACAACCACUUCCUGUUCAAACCGUCCACGUUCUUUCCUCAGCUGGACAUACCCGUCGUAAUGAACGAGAGCGAGCCGAUUCCCGGGCCAAGUACGAACAGCUCCAGUCACAGCAGUUUACUAAAUUACCUUCUUCCUGAAUCCACGGUGCCUGGGCAAACGUUUGACAACCGUCUCAAAAGUGACCUUGACAUUAAAUUAAGUAUUCUACGUAAAGUUAAACAGGAAAAAUUGAAAGAGAACUCUUUCGCAUCAAACUACCAACACUUUGACUAUAAGUGUGAUUAUUGCGACGAGGAGCCCAUCACCGGCGUACGAUGGCACUGUAAGUCGUGUGUAAGUGAUUCUAUCGACUUUUGUAGUGAUUGUGUCAUCGCGCAAAUGUACUCUGAAAAUCCGCAUCCGCCAUCUCACGAACUGACGUCGGUGAAAUAUGAUAAUACGGAAAGUGGGGGCCAGAGUGACAAUUCCUCAAGUGAAUCCAUAUCAGGCAGUGCCUUUGAUAGUUCUAAUAGAAAUUUUGAAAGUAACUAUAAUAGUAGUUUAAGUGAAAGUGAGAUAGAAGAAAUGAGGAAGACUCAGGAUCCGCUGACGCGAUUAGAGGGCGCCACUCAGGAGAUUAAGCGUGAGGAACUCGGACUUGACGAUAUGGAGGUGGAGGAAAAUAGUUUACAUAUCAAAGAUAUCUUUGAUGAAAACUACACUAAGCAUGAAGGAUUCAAAAGUCGGACAACAGAGGAAGAAUUGGAAAGUUACCCGUAUAGAAAUGUCGAAAAUUGAUCAUAUUAGUACUUAAGUAUUUAUGUUUUUAUUGUAGGUUUUUUAUUAAUGUUCAUGUUAGAGAUGCCCAAGGACUGUUGUGGUUGAUGAACAUUUAACUCAUCGGCACACAUUUUCCAGACUAUUUUUGUUAUUGUUUUGUUUACAUUUUAAAACUAAUCUUUCACAAACAUACAGUUUUUAUUAAUGGUACUUCUUUUUGGAAACCAUGAGUAUCGCAAUUAGACUGAUAUAAUACUAAAUGCUAAUAUAUUAAAAACAAAUGCUUUUCAAA